AUGCUGGCGGCGCUGGACGUUGUUGAAUUUCAGUAUUAUGGUAUUUUGGUCACCAAUGACAGCAUGGCACUGGAUCGUCAAGACUCCCUGCAGCACGUCCUGGGGGAGUAUGGACUGGUUAGGCCGAUCAGUGUGGACGCAGAGGGCCGCUUCCUGUCACACGCCGUCUCGGCCGGUCGCAUGGCAGGAGGGCAGCCCCGUAGGCGCCGGAGGAGGGAGGUAGGAGUAGGCAAUGAUGAGUGGGAAGGACCAAGAGGAGCUGAGGAGAACCAAGAGCCUGUGGCCCAUCAGGAAAGGCUUUACUACAACGUCACCGUCUUCGGCCGGGAGUUCCACCUGCGCCUGCGCCACAACGCCAGGCUGGUGGCCCCCGGAGCCAAGAUAGAGUGGCACGAUGACAGCGACAGCACCCGGCACUCUGAGCCUUUGCAUGAUGAGUGCUUGUAUGUGGGUGACAUCACAGACACACCAGGAGCCACUGUGGCCAUCAGCAACUGUGACGGCCUGGCUGGUAUGAUCAGGACGGAGCAGGAGGAGUUUUUUAUCGAGCCGGUGGAGAGGGGUGAUGGAGUGAUAGAAGAGGAGGGGGAGGAGGGAAGAGGAGGAGGAAGGACGCACAUCGUCUAUCGCUCUUCGGCCGUUAAGAAAGUGCCCAUCAGCAGCGCAGCGGCAGACUUCCACUCCAGAGGUGCAGAUCUCGGUGGUCUGAUGGACCUGGAGUCUCUGUACCGCGGCGUGGAGCAGAGCAUCAACCACACGCGAGCAGGAAGAACGCGCAGGCAGAGCCUGGACAGAGCCUACAACAUCGAGGUGCUGCUGGGCGUCGAUGACUCCGUGGUCCAGUUCCACGGGAAGGAGCAUGUCCAAAAGUACCUGCUCACACUCAUGAACAUUGUGAAUGAGAUCUACCACGACCAGUCUUUGGGUGCAAAAAUCAACGUGGUGCUGGUGCGGAUUAUCAUGCUGGGCUACGGCAAGUCCAUGAGUCUGAUUGAGCUGGGGAACCCGUCUCAGAGUCUGGAGAACGUGUGUCGCUGGGCCUUCCUGCAGCAGAAGCAAGACACGGGGGAUGCCGAGUAUCACGACCACGCCAUCUUCCUCACGCGACAGGAAUUUGGCCCUACGGGCAUGCAGGGUUAUGCCCCGGUGACUGGCAUGUGUCAUCCAGUGAGGAGCUGCACUUUGAACCACGAGGAUGGUUUCUCCUCUGCCUUCGUGGUGGCUCACGAGACUGGACAUGUGCUGGGAAUGGAGCAUGAUGGCCAGGGAAACCGCUGUGGAGAUGAGGUGCACAUGGGCAGCAUCAUGGCUCCGCUGGUGCAAGCCGCCUUCCACCGCUUUCACUGGUCCAGAUGUAGCAUGCAGGAGCUGGGACGCUACCUUCAUUCCUACGACUGUCUCCGUGACGACCCCUUCGACCACAACUGGCCGUCGCUGCCUCAGCUGCCUGGUUUGCACUACUCCAUGAACGAGCAGUGUCGCUUUGACUUCGGUGUGGGCUACACAAUGUGCACCGCGUAUCGCACAUUUGACCCAUGUAAGCAGCUGUGGUGUAGCCACCCGGACAAUCCGUUCUUCUGCAAGACCAAGAAAGGACCACCCAUUGAUGGAACCAUGUGUGGGAAUGGGAAGCACUGCUUUAAAGGUCACUGCAUCUGGUUGACUCCUGACAUCAUAAAGCAAGAUGGAAACUGGGGUUCAUGGAGUGAGUUUGGCCAGUGUUCCCGCACCUGUGGAGGGGGAGUACAGUUUCGCACACGCGACUGUGACAAUCCAAGACCAGCCAACGGAGGCCGGACCUGCGUGGGGGCAACUUACCAAUUCCAGAUGUGCAACACCAGCGAGUGUGAGGAUAUCUACAGCGACACACGAGAGGAGCAAUGCCAUGCUUGGGACCCUCGAUUUGAAGUCCACAGCAACAAGCACCACUGGCUGCCUUAUGAACACCCAGACUCCAACAAACGCUGCCACCUGCAUUGCCAGUCCAAGGAGACGCGAGAUGUGGUCUUCAUGCAGAGAAUGGUCCUGGAUGGCACUCGCUGCUCAUACAAAGACCCGCACAGUGUGUGUGUGCGUGGGGAGUGUGAGAAAGUGGGCUGCGACGGUGUGGUCGGCUCGUCGAAGCAGGAAGACAAGUGCGGGGUGUGUGGAGGCGACAACUCCAGAUGCAAAACCUUCAAAGAUACCAUCACGCGCACUGCCAGGAAACAAGGUUUCCUCAGAAUUCUUGAAAUCCCCCGAGGAGCGAGACACUUGCUGAUCCAAGAGCUGAAAUCAACCUCACACACUCUGGCUGUUAAGAACGUGGCAUCAGGACUGUUCUUCUUAAACGGGGAAAACGAAUACCCAGAGUCCCGCUCGGUCAUCGAGAAGGGUAUUGAGUGGGAAUACGAGAAUGACAACGACAAGGAGACCCUUCAGACCACCGGCCCUCUCAGACAUGGAAUUCUCAUUAUGAUGAAAUUACACGGGGAUGAAGAUGUGAAUUUGUCUUACAAGUACAUGAUGAAUAUGGGCAGUGACUCUGGCAUUCAGAACAACAUAUUGGUAGAGGACAGUGCCUAUGAGUGGGCCCCAAGGAGAUGGUCCUCCUGCUCCAAGCCUUGCGGUGGAGGUAAAGAGUACUUGCGAUAUGGCUGCAGAAGAAAAGUUGACAGCAAGAUGGUUCACAAAAGCUUCUGCAACAGGUCCAACAUGAAACCCAGAGGAGAAACCAGAGACUGCAACCAGAAGCCCUGCCCUCCACCAGUUUGGGUGACAGGGGAGUGGCAGAACUGCAGCAAACCAUGUGGAAAGACAGGGAUGCAAAUCCGCUCGGUCAGCUGUGUCCAGCCUUCAGAUGACAACACCACACGCUCAAUCCACAACAAACACUGCAACGACAACCGUCCUGAGGCCCGCAGACCCUGCAACCGAUACCCCUGCCCCACCCAGUGGAGAGUUGGACCAUGGUCACAGUGCUCAGUGACAUGUGGUAAUGGGACUCAGCAGAGACAGGCUCUGUGCCACACCAGGGACAACACCAUCGGCCUGUGUCUGGACAGCAAGCCUGACACCAUAAGAGUCUGUCGCCUGGAACCAUGUCCCAAGGGCUCGUCAGACCUCAACAAGAACGGCAACAUUCUGAUCCAGUGGCUGUCUCGGCCCAACCCCAACUUCCCGAAGAUCUCCUCACGCCAGCGUUGUCAUGGAGACCGCUCUGUGUUCUGUCGUAUGGAGGUGCUGAGGCGCUACUGCUCUCUACCGGACUACCAGCGCAUAUGCUGCAAGUCGUGCAGCAAUGUCACCGUCACAGAGCCUGUGCCCAACCCCACCUCCAGAUCCACCCCCAUCACCUCCAUCUGGCCCACAGCCCCUCCACUCACCAGCAUCCAGAGCUCUGACUUCACCACCCUCCGACCCACCGAAGCUGUCACCACCACCAUUUCCGCUUCUACCAUCAUUUCCUGGCCCAUCACUCAUCCUCCUGCCUCCACUACCCCGACCCAUCAUUCCACCCCAACUUCAUGGAUUACUACAGACAUGAUCACAACUCAUCCACCAGCUACCACCAGCGCUUCUGUCCUCUCUACCAUCUUUCCCAUGGCAAUCACCACAGUUCCUCCAACCUUUCCUAGUGUUGCAGCUCAUCCCUUGCCUCUGCCUGCCCCAGACAUAGACAAGAGCACAGAUCCACUGGAACAGAGAACUACAAAUAGUCCAACAACAUCUAGUAUGAUAACCACCAUAGAUCUUUCAACAACAGCCAGUGCACCAAUGACAGAUCCAGCAGAAAUCACCACACAAACAGACAUUACGCUAAACCCCAAGCCUGAAAAGAAAAUUGUCCCAAAGAAAACUCAGAAAACGGUGAUUCCACCAAAGGUCAAUCCAAAAAAGAAAACUGCACAAAAGAAUCCACCAAAAAAGCCUGUUCCACCAAAGACUUAUCCCAAAAAGAAAACAAAUACUCCUCCAAAAAAGACUCCAUCAAUCACAACUCCCAAAAAGACGACUCCAUUGAAAACGACUCCCAAAAAGACUACGCCAAAAAAGAUUACUCCUUCUAACACUUCACCCAAAAAGAUUACUCCAUCAAAAAAUUCACCCAAAAAGACCACUCCAUCAAAUACUACUCCCAAAAAAACUACUCCAUCAAAAAAUUCUCCAAAAAAGACCACUCCAUCACACACUACUCCCAAAAAGACUACUCCAUCAAAAAAAUUCCCAAAAAAGACCACUCCAUCAAAAACUACACCUAAAAAGACUACUCCAUCAAGCACUUCUCCCAAAAAGACUACUCCAUUUAACACUACACCCAAAAAGACCACUCCAAAAAAGACUACUCCAGUAAAGACCACUAUAGUGAAAAAAACCGAACCUCCUCCCAAAAAGCAGGUUCCACCAAAGACCAAUCCCAAAAAGAACAUUCAGCCAAAGGCAAAAGUUACAAAGCAAACUCAGACCAAGACAAACGUCCAAAAGAACCUCAAACCAGGACCCAAAAGUAUCUUAAACACACAGGCCAAGGUUAAUCAAAGUAAAGCCAAGGGGAAAAACACAACUCCAAAAAAUAAAACACCUAAGACAGUUUCCUAUUACACCACAACUGUUUCUCCCUAUGCAAGCAAAGAACCAUCAAGGGAGGACUUUUCUUCCACUAUCUCUUCAAAUGUUGAUGUAUAUGGUACAACGACAAGCUUGCCUUUCCCUGAGACAAGAAUCAAUGUCACAUACAUCAGCAACGACACAGCUGCUACAGAUGAAACUCCACUGUGGUACUAUGACAGCACAGACACUGCAGCCACAACUCCCAGCACUUUCGAUGAUCUUGUAACACCCUCUGCAAACAUUUAUGUUGAGGACAUCACAAUGCCCAGUGGUACCAUGCCAUAUGGUGACCUCACAGUGACUGGCAGCGGUGAUCUUACAGUAAGCAGCGGGAUCAUUCUCAGUGGCGAUGAUAUCACAGUGUCCUACAGCAAUGUGGGAGUGGUCAGCGACACCAUGGUGCUGGACGACGGCCUCACCAUGGUGAUCCCGACCAUUGACGGAGAGGACAUGACGGAACUCGCCUCGUCCCCCUGGCUGGACCUGUCGGAGUACAUCCCCGUGAACGUCCCUAUUCCCACGACAACCUCAGACCCCGCUACCACUUCACUUCCCACCACGAUCGCUCCCACUGAAGGAAAACCAGUCACCAUAGCCGCCACCACCUCUACUGUAAAGCAAAGAAUAGAAGAGAACAACUCCAUCGACGUCUUGGACAACAGGAUCAACAGCGUGGACAACGACAUCUCUCAGAACAACCUGAUCCCAAAGCGCCGGGUCAACCUCAGAGAAAGAACCAGGAACAAACGCAUUCAGGAGCUUCUAGAGGAGAAGCGAAACUUUCUCCUCAGGAUGAAGAGAGGCCACACAGCGCAGUAG